AUGCCACCAGGUCAAACGAGUGGUAACGGUCCACCGGCAAUGAGGGAUGAUUUAGAAAAAAUAGUGUAUGAAAUGAAUCCUUCUAUACGUCAAUCGAUACGAAUUAGUAAGCAAUUUGACAUUAGAGAUGUGGAUCGAUUAACUACUGUCGACACUGGAUAUUCUGAGAAAGGUGAUAUUGAAGCUCCGGAAAUAAUAAAUAACUCUAGGUAUAUCGAAAAUAAUUGUGUAAAAAGUCCUAAACCUGAUGAUAACGAUGAUAGUUAUAUAAGCAAGGAACCAGUUCAAUAUAUUGAAAGAAACGAUGAAAAAGGUAGUAAACCUACAAAUAGUACUAGUAACAUUGAAAAUGUCUGUGCA